AUGUACCAUGUUGUGGGGUGUCGUGUCCUCGGGCCGCCCUUCCGCUGCCGCCUUCUGCCCUCCGCGCCCUCUCACCGCCUGGUUUGGCCCCGAUUUCUCCCCGUCGCCCUUGCCGUAGAUCUGCAAAAGCAAGCGGAGCGCGGAGAGCUGCUGCAGUCGCUGAUCUUCGUCUUGCUGGUUUUGUGCUCUGUCCUGCUGUACUUCAGGGUGUCUCUCAUGGAUCCGGGUUUUGUUAAGUCUGAAGAAGAAGUGGAGGCAGACAAGAGUGAAGAACAAAGCAUGGUGACACCCCAGAUUCCAAGUAACAUUAAGAUGCGUCGUUGUGGUUACUGCAUGGUGAAGCAACCGAUGCGAGCCAAGCACUGCCAGCUGUGCCAGCACUGCGUCCGGCGUUACGACCAUCACUGUCCCUGGAUUGAGAACUGCGUGGGAGAGAAGAAUCACCCCCUCUUCAUCGUCUACUUGAGCGUGCAGCUUGUAGUUCUGCUCUGGGGAGGUCACGUUGCUUGGUCAGGCCUCUACUUUGAACAGUCCUGGGAGUGGCUGCAGCACAACAUUCUCCUCCUCAUGUCCUUCCUUGUGAUAGUUAUAUUCACCAUUGUUGUCCUGCUGCUGCUUAUUUCACACUUCUAUCUGAUCUCAUGCAACACCACCACCUGGGAAUUCAUGUCACAUCAUCGCAUCUCCUACCUGCGACACUCUGAGCUGGAGAAUCCCUUUGACCAAGGGGUAAUCCUCAACCUCUGGAGAUUCUUCUGUUCAUGCCACCUCACUGCAUGGGAGAAAAUCUACUUUCACAGGAACAAUGAGCCUGUCUAGUGGCAGUCGUACCUACCUGCUAGAGUGCCAACACAGCUGCAGGUGGCUGGGGAAAGCUUUGCUGAUGCAGUCACUGCCGUUUCCUUGCAUGGAACCUCAGUACAUCAUGAACUAUGCAACCUGUUCCAAAACCUGUUCGUCCUGCAAAUUACAUUUCAAGGAUAGUCAGGGUUAUUUUUUAUAGAACACGGUUAAAGGCGCGACACUGGUUCUGGGAAGGCCAGCAGAGCCGAUUUCUGGACUGAGCAAAGGCAUCUCUCUAAAUUUACUUUCUUCUGUGAACUGAUCCACACCUCUCCGGAAUAGAUGCAAGAGGAGUGUUCACUUCUCUUCCCCAAAGCUUCCUUCUCCUUUGCUGCUAGGGAACAGCAGCUAUUACAGACAAAACCAGACAGAAUCAAUAUAAUUCCUGUGGCCUUUCUUCAACAUAGUUCUCACUGUGAGAACCACAGUGCCUUUUGUCAGUAGUGUUGAGCAUGUAAUAGAAAUAUUUAAGUAAAUAUUUGGGCAGUCAAAAGCAAAUUUCAUUUUGACCACAUGCCUUGAAUUAAUGCUUUUCACAAAGAUUUGAGGCUUAAAGGUGUCAAUGUGCAUGAGAAAGAGCUGUAAGGCACCAAAUUUACCUUAUGAGAUAAUUAGCCUGUACUUUGUGAUGCCCUGACCAGCUUCCUAACAGGUUUUUUUUCUUUAAGCUGAUGGUGCUGUUAACAAUUCACAGACUAUUUUGAAUCAAGUCCACAAAGAAUGAUACCAUCCACUUUUCUUUGAACGUAAAAGUAAUACUCGCCUGCUGAAUUAGUUCUGCAGUUAACUUCAUGCUCGAGGCCUUUCCUGUAGCUUCUGGGGAGAGAACCAGUAGCAGAGGUGGGUACUUCUUGCCUAGCUGAAAGUAAUACUGUUAGUAAUACUACUGCCUCAACGCAUCACUAACAUUUUAAUAAAAGAAUACAGUGUUUUAAUGCAAGAGUAAAGAUUCUAGAUCCUGUGUGUUUCACUGAGAUGAGGAGGUGCUGAUAGCUUUCUAGGAUGGCAGCAAAGCUUACUUGGGCUGUGGAUUUUAGUCCUGACCCUUUUCUGUUUUAAAAAAAAAACCCAGCACCACAACAAAACCCGAGUUUAAAUUAUUUUGUGCUUUAAUUGCCUUGGCUCAGGAAAUAACACCAGCUCAAGCGCACAUCUGGCAAGCUGCUAGGAUGCACUCAGGGUUUCAAGUUGAUGAGCACUCCUGAAGGGAGAGUGUAGUCACUAAUACAGCACGACAAUCCAAAAGCAGUUUAAAAACAGCAGAAGGAUCCCUCUUUUGACCAACUCCAGAGUUUGUAAUCUGUGUGGUCUGUUUGUUCAGGGUAGAAACCCCUAUCAGAGGCUUAUCAGAACACUAAGAAUUGUUUUUAUAACAUCGUAUACCAUACAGAAAGGAUUCUGCAGUUUGUUUGUGUCAGUGUGGUACCUGCUAAAGUAUGGCUUAUCUGCCACGUAAUGAUUUCUGGUUCUUCAGGUAUCAGUCAGAUAAAAAUUUGUCAGCAGGUACACAGUUUUGCUGUUGGGUAAUUAUUUUUAAAAUGCACCAGGAUGGUAAUUUACAGUCUUUUUUAUUCUAUGAUAAACUAUAAAUUAAAAUAUGAAAUACGC